UGCCACACUGUUUCUGGUUUCUGUCAGAUUAAUAGGUGCGGCCAUGUUGAUCUGUAGUGAAUAAAACUGAGUUAAUUUUCUUUUAGGGAAAUAAAAUUGACACAAUAUGCCCAAAUGCGACCUCAAAACGAGAUACAUCCCAGCGACGUUCGCGUGGACUCUAUUGUUGGGCACAACAUCCCUGUUUUUUUAUUUCCCGUGUCAAUACUACCUUCACAAGCACCCAUGGGUUCCCGCGUGCCAAGGCUUCAUAACGUUUUUUGUUUUGGCCAAUUUUACCCUGGCCACUUUCAUGGACCCGGGAGUUAUACCAAAAGCUCCACCUGACGAGGAUCGGGAGGACGACUUCCGAGCGCCCCUGUACCGCAGCGUGGAGAUCAACGGUAUCACGGUGCGGAUGAAAUGGUGCGUCACCUGCAAGUUCUACCGGCCGCCGCGCUGCUCGCACUGUUCCGUCUGCAAUCAUUGCAUAGAAACAUUUGACCACCACUGUCCGUGGGUGAACAACUGCAUCGGACGGCGUAACUACAGAUUCUUUUUUUUCUUCCUAAUAUCACUCUCUAUACAUAUGCUGAGUAUAUUCGGACUUAGUUUAUACUACAUCAUGAACAAUAACAAAACGUUGACGCAAGUCGAGCCUAUUGUGUCAAUGGUAAUAAUGGGCAUUAUAGCACUAUUAGCGAUACCAAUAUUUGGUUUGACGGGGUUCCAUAUGGUGCUAGUGUCCCGGGGGCGCACGACCAACGAGCAGGUGACGGGCAAGUUCACCGGGGGGUACAACCCCUUCUCCAAAGGAUGCUGGUACAACUGCUGCUAUACGCAGUUUGGACCUCAGUAUCCUAGUCUAGUCCGACCAUCGAAAUACAUAUACAAAGGUGGUAAGAAGCGAAGAGAAGCGAUGCCGGGAGGCGGGCACUCUGCCUCAGCUAUAUCGACGAUAGCUACCGACACGCAGCAUCAGGUAAAGACGUACACGGCGGACAACGGCACGGCGCACCGCCCCGCUGGACCGCACGCGCAUUAUAACAAGUUGGUGUGGGCGGCGCCCUCGCAGCUGUCUCCUGGCCGCGAGGAGACGGAGGCCGAGCUGGACGGGCCCGGCGCCUCCCAGUCCGCGGACUGCGAGCCCACGCCGCCCCCCCUACAACGGAGGGGUUCCGCAGCCAACCUCUUCCCCCCCGACGCACAUCAUCACUUGCCGCCACGGCCGCACCAUUAUCCACGACUCAGCCCGCUCUCCAGAAAUACCAGCCACGGUGGCACAACGACAUCAGGCUACCGGGUGGUGAUGGAGCCGGUGAGAUACGACGCGGGCUCUAACGGAGGAGCCCGGCCGUCGCCCACCAUGCAGCAGAGGAUCAAGGCGCUCGGCGUCCCCACGCCGCUAGCAGUCAGCAGUCCUGUCAGAAGGUCCAACCCGGGCACGCCGACGCAGCCGCGCCGCCCCGACUUCAUCGGCGUCGGCGGGCGCGCCUCGCCGCAGCGCCGCUUCCUGUCCGAGGGCGAGCUGCUGCGGCCCGAGCCGGCCGCGCCGCACCGGCCCACGGCCGACGACAUCCGCGAGCUGGCCGCGUCCCCGCAGCGCGGGAACUACCUCUGGGCCGAGCGCCCGCCGCACCCCGCCGCGCACGCGCACCCCGCGCACGCCCCGCACCCCCCGCACGCCGCGCACCUCGCGCACGGCGUGCCGCGCGGCGGCGUGGCCGUGUUCCCGCCCGGCGUGGCGGGCCCGGGCGGCGUGGCGGCGGCGUCCCCGCUGGCGCGGCGGCGGGGCGGGGCGGGCGGGGUCCCCCGACGGGCCGCUGUCGUUCGUGCGCGCGCUGGAGGUGCAGGACGCGCUGGAGUCGCGCGCGCCGCCGCCGGAGCCGCCGGACCGCGCGUCGGUGUACGACUGCAACUACGAGAUCUCCGUGUGAGCCGACCGACCCGCCCGGGCCGCGGGCAGCGACUGACUCUCGGCACUCUCGUGACGUGUGAUCGCACUUUUAUAUCUAUGUAUAUUUGUGAGUAUCUGUAAUGUUGACGUAUAUUUAAUUGUGAAUUUGUUGAGAGAGUGUACAUAGUCCCCAGUGUUGUGAUUCCGAGAUGACAUAAUAAUUAUAUAGAGGUUAAAAGAGUAAAUGUAUCAGCACCCGAGUGACUCAAUUAUUGUGUAAAAAAUAUAUUUAUAAAAAUUGUUUUUCAAGGAGCUGUUGUAUGUUUUUCCUUUAGGUUUAAAUCGAUGUGUCAGGUAGUCGGAGGUUACGGAAUUGACUGAUUCGUUAAUCUGCCUCAAUUUUUUUAGUUGAAACGGGCGGGCGCAGCGAGGUUUACAAAAUGUCGCAGCGUGCGUUUUUUACUUGACUAUUUAUAUAAAGUAUUAGCUUGGUACAUUUGGACGCAGUUGCCGUAGCAAACUAAGUGGUGUAACGACAGUAAUGACGACUUGUUUCCUGAGUAAAAAAUGCACGACGUGUGACAUAAUAAUGUGCCAAAUAUUGUGUAGUCACCGGUAGCUUAGAGCACGCGUCUUGUUAUUUCAUUCUGAUCUUGGACGUUACGGAACUUUCCUGAAUUUUGUUGUGAUAAGACACUAUUGUUAAACAAUCGCUAAAUCAUUGUAUCACUUGCGCUAUUUCCACUUGAUUCGUGUUUUAUUCAUUCUUGUAAUCUAGUGAUAACAAUACUUUCCUAUUUUACGAUAAGUGACAAAAGUUUAAGUAGUACGGUGGGAUGUUUAAUGGGGUGAUGCGGCUUAGUGCCUGAGGAAGGGAGAUGGUGAUACAUUCUUAUGUGUGAACUGCGCGUGUAAUUAUUAAAUAAAUCACGUCAAUAUCAUAUCUGCGUGUGCGCAAGUGUGAAUAUCGUUGUGAUUGCACCGUAAUUUAAACUUAUGAUUAAUAUAAAAUAAUGUAUGCGUAGGAAUCUCAAGCAACUAUGACUUAGACGUAAUAAUCGCGGGAUCAUGGCAGCUUUGAAAAAUAUGACAAAAUUGACUUAAAAUUUGACAUAGCGGAUUGUAAAACUCGAUUUGAACUUUAUUACUUCUGGCAUACGAUUGAUUUUUCAACUUAAUUCAAUUUCAAUCGAGUUUAUAAAUCCGUAAUACCACCAAAAGGGUCUAUAAUGGAAUUAAUAAAGAUUAAAUACAAUUUUAGUUCCAUGUAAAGUCCCUAAACAUUCAGUUGCUUGAGUUUAUAAAGAUUGUGAUUUAUUACACCGCAGAUCUACCUAAUGAGUGAAUCGUAAAAGCCCACUAUUUAUAGUUAUUUUCCAUUUUUUCGAUAAUUAAAUCUAAACUACAGGCAAAUUUAAUUAGAUUUUGUUAAUGGUGCGUAAAUAAUUCAUUCUGUAGUGAUUGAGUAGUCCAAUCUCCCUCUGAUCUGACUUUUGUAGAUAGAGGGAGACUAAAUAGAGAUUGGUGACUGAUAUGUUACUAAAUACGGUUUUUCGGUAAAAAUCGGUUUUAGUCGUCUUCAGCAUUCGUUAUAAUAUGGUUAUGUGCUAAAUAAUUUUAUACGAUUUAUUUAAAUUAUUUAGUUGAUCAUGUUGUUUUUGUUGUAUCUUAAUCUACAUUAGAUUUACCUGUAGUCUUAGGUCUAAUUAUUAUAAAAUAAAGUAUUUUUCAAUGAGCGAAAGUAAUGUUUGCAUUUCGCGGGGUUGUUUGCAAUGUAAAACGGAUCUCAACUUUCCGAAUUCCUAUUUUGACCUGGAGAAACUGUACUUAUAUUGUCUAUAAUGUAAUAAAAAGAAUAUAUUAUUCUAAAUUACAAAAGAUGUACUGAACACAUUGAAAUAGAAGUGAGUCAGUUGAGAUUACCUUAUGUACAUAAAUAAAUAAAGUAUAUAUUUAAUAUUAUAAAUUAAUAUCAAGGUAUAUAUUAUAAAUGGAACGUAUCACUAGUUUUUGAUACAAAAUGUUUAGUCGACGAACGCAUUUUACCAAAACGUUCGGCAGUGAUACGUUUUAACAAGAUUGUAUAGAUAUAUAUAAAUUACAAUAAACAGUCUUCUAUUUAUUAAGGGUUAAGUAUGUAAAUAUUCACGAGAAAUGUAAAAGGAAUAACUAAGGACAAUUUUGUAUAGAACUUGUGUACUAGUAUUUGUUAUGAAUGUUACAACUGCGUAUGUAAUAACAACGGUUUAGGUUCGGUGCCAGUAAAUACAAUAUUUUUUUAAUCUACAUACAAACAUAUCAGCAGCGUAUUCUCCUUUAUACGUAGCAAAGGUUUUGUUGAACGGCCUACAAUACAAUACAAGUGUUUCAGUACUCUUCAUCCAUUCGCCUGCCUCUCACCAAUGCACAUUCCGUUUCUCAUAUUUAUUUUAAUGUAGUUUAUUUUGGCACAUUUGUUUGACUGUGCGUACUUAAAUUUUCACAAUUAGUGCUUUAUGGAACACUGUUGAGAUGACAAUGCACACAUUAUAGAAGUUGUUGUUGAUUGAAACCUGACUAAAGUCCAUGUUAAUGUCCAUAAAUAUGUUAGAAAGACUAUUAUAGUUAGACGUAAUUAUUUGAAAUAAACUUGUAUGGUAUUUUGGAGUAAAAGCUUAUUGUUUUUAAGUAAUAUUUAACGUUAAUGUGACCACAACACGAUUCAUUUUUGUAGGACAACUUAACGUAACGUUGCGCUGGAUUUUAUACGAAAAGGCAUUGUAGAUUUGUUGGUUUUUUAUGUACAAUAGCCCCAUAAAAUGGACGGCUAUUUUAUAACAAAGUGUUUGUCUCGAAAGUUAUUUUUAUGGUACACAGAGUAAAAUGUAAUAUAUUGGAAAGUAAAUAUGGUAUAGAGUAACAAAUAAAUUGAUUCGUGUUGCGGUUUCUUGUAAAUUAAGCAAUCGAUUUGGAACUAGUGUGUAACAAAUGAAACUAAGUAUUGAUUUUUUAUAAUGCUUUUAGACCCAAAUAUCAUACGAUGUGAGUGUACAAAUGUACAAAAUGUUUGUUUUUUUUUCUCGACUUUUCCCUAAAUCCGAAAAUGUGUAAUUUGAGGAUGUAAUAGGUUUGAAAUACAGCUGCGCUGCAACAUACCUAAGACUAAUGUGUAAUUAUAAUAGUACCUCCUCAAACGUUAUUACCUAAUUAUGUAUGUGACAGUGUUUUAUUUUUGUAUUUUGAUAAAAUUUGUGUAAAUAAUUUUCUUAUUUUAUUGAUAUUAAACUCAAUUAAUCAA